GAGUUUGUAUUUUUGACAAGCGGAAGAGACGGGCCACUUGUUGGAGGUGUUGGUGCUGUAUUACGUUUCUGCUUUCCUGCCGACUGUGCUUUCAGAACCGUAGAUUCCAAGGCUCGUAUAGUGUUUCUUCUGUCAAUCCGAUCCGAAUUCACCGAGACAAGGGCAAGUAGCUGUAUUCGUGACACAAAAGCAGAACCGCACAAUCUCAGUAAGAAUUGUUCUCCAUGGUGAUCCUAAGAGAAGGAGAGUGCCCUGGACUGACUGCUGAAGUGAUUCAGGCUCUGAGGUCACAGAACGUUCGGACUGUGGUAGACCUGGUCUCGUCAGACACCGAAGAACUUGCUCGGAAAUGUGCGCUUUCAUACAAGACCCUGGUUGCAGUAAAACAUGUUCUCCUGGCUCAGUACACGGCCUUCCCAACCAAUGGAGCAGAUCUCUACGAAGAGCUUCUCAGCUCCACAGCCAUACUGUCCACUGGGAACCCCAGUUUGGAUAAGCUAUUAGACUCUGGUCUGUACACAGGCGAGGUGACAGAACUAAUAGGAACUCCAGGCAGUGGAAAGACCCAGGUCUGCCUCGGUGUGGCUGUAAGUGUCGCCUGUGAUCUGAAGAGGAAUGUUCUAUAUAUCGACUCAACAGGGGGUUUGUCUGCCUCCCACCUGCUCCAGAUGGUACAGUCCAAGGCCUGCAAAAUGGAAGAACAUAUGGAGGCGCUGCGCAGGAUCCAGGUGAGACAAGUUUUCAGCGUCUUCUCCCUGUUCGAAGCUCAGCAGGACCUCCGGAGCAGUGGCUUUCAUCAGGUGGCUGGUGGCAGUGGCUCUGUUAAGGUGGUCAUUGUGGAUUCGGUGGCGGCUGUUCUCUCCCCCAUCAUAGGAAGCAGGCAGACAGAAGGUCUGUCUCUGAUGAUGCAGUUAGCUGGUGAGCUGAGAACGAUGGCCAGGGAUCUUGGAGUUGCUGUGCUGGUGACAAAUCACAUGACGCGAGAUGGAAAUUGGGCGGUCAAAGCCGGUCUGGGGCGGUCCUGGAGUCACGUUUCUCAAACCCGAGUCCUGCUUCAGCGUGUUGAGAGGGAAGGGGCCAAACCCAGCGGCCUCCGCACUGCUACUCUGGUCAAAUCAUCUCGACAGCCUUCACAGAUUUCACAGGAGUUUGACUUGGGGGCCUGCAACCAACCUCAAGAUUUACUUCCUGCACCCAGAGAAAAAUAACUGGAAUUGCAAAACACAGGGCUGCUGGGAAAUGGCCUUUCAGGGGGCUUUUAUUAGGAUUGUAAAAGAGCUGCAGAGAAACACGUAUUCCAGUCUCUGACAUGAGAGAGAUGGCACACUCAGGUGUACUGCUCCUGCUUCUGGUCUGUGUGAGACUGUCACCAGGUAUUUAUUAUUAUUAUUAUUAUUAUUAUUAUUAUUAUUAAUACACGUUCCCAUGUGUUUAAACUACAGGAUGGUACAGCCUUGUUAUUUCCAGUUGUGGCUCUGCUCUUGUAAGAUAGUAAGACUGCUGUGCAACUGCACUUCAUAAACCUUGCCUCAGAACAGCUGCACACACCAACCGGACCAGAUUUCAAAUGAUUUAUGAGGAGGAAGACAAGAUGUUUCAACAAAAUGUUACAAUGAAAAAAAUACAAAUGUAAUAUGUGAGAUACCAGAGAAACUACAGAAGUUAAAUAAAUUGUUUACAGCUACAUAGCAAAUGAAGUGCACCCUACUGUAAACAGGCUAUAGCUCCUUCCCUGGUUUUUUGUGAUCAAUGACUCCACUAGCGUUCUCGUGGUUUAGAAGUCACCUAAGACCCUCAAAGGAAUUACAGCCUUAUUAUGUACAGUUGUAUUAUUAGUAUUAUUUGUAGUCCUAUUAAGUAUUAUUACUACACUAGGAGAUUCUCUGCAGAAACUACCUUGUGUUUGUUUAGAGUACAGGUGUCUAACACAUGUGUCUGUGUAUUUGUUCUGCAUCAACAGCGUACUCCAGACUUCAGUGUUUUAGGGCAGGGGUUUGCAAAGAAAGUAAAAGAAAAUAAGGAUCUUGAAUGUUUUAAACAGUAUUAUGUAUUAUCUCUAAACCUCUAAAACAUUUAAUUUGUGUUUAGCCGCUCAAAGUUUAGUAUGCUAUACUAUACUGUAGUUUCAAAAUGAUCAUCCACCUGAAAAACGAAUGAAGGAAACACAAAAAAGUACAGAAAAUGCAAGACCACCGAAAAUUAUAGCGAGUCCCUUGGGAUCAUUUUUAUGUUGGCUUUAAUACAAAGUUGAUCAUUGUUAGUUAUUAUAAUUUUAUCUUCAGGUUAAUGUUUUUGAUAUUGCAAACAUUUUAAGUGGCAUGCCUGAUUAUGCUGAAACAUGCGUGUCAAGUGUCAAGGUUUACGGUUUGUCUGCGCGAGCCUUCUAUGUUCACGCAGAAAUUACCACAGAAAUAAAAGAGAAAUGGACAUCAAUGAGAAUUUAAUUAUUAAAGUCGAAAAAUAUAAUGUUCUUUAUGAUGCCAGUGUCAGUGGUUAUAAAGACAAUACAAAGAAAGACGCCAUAUGGUAAGAAAUAACAGAACAAUUGGAAAUUGAUGGUAUGUCUGUCUCUCUUUUUUUCCCUUAAUUUUAAUUAAAGUGACGGGGAGCGCCACACACUGGUUUUGUAUUUCUGUAAAAUUACGCUUUUUUGUUUUAAUAGUGUUGACCAAUAAUAAUAAUCACAUUCACACACUAACUGAAGAUGUUAUUAAAAUUGAAAAGCAAUUUUAAAAAGUAUAUUGUAGCAUGCACUGGGGAAGGCAGCAGCAGGGCUGGUAGGUGACGUAAUCACACACAAAUACAUAAGCCCGAUAUAUGCUCCUCGCAACGGCUCUUUUGUACUGCGGUAUCGGCUAUGCUCCUUUAGUGCGAGAAGUCCCGGGUUCGCGCCCGCCCCUCCGCCUGUAUGUGGAUUGCCUCGCCCUGUGUGAUGUGCCUGCCUGCGGGAACCGAGAACGCUCCAAUAUUAAACGAAUUUUCGAAGUAUUUAGAAAUAUGUGUAGUAUUCUUUUUGAAUGAUUUACUUGUUAAACCACAUCACAUAUAAACAAUCACUGUUAAAUGUCAUUUUUUAGUGUGUGGUGUACCCAGACUAUUUUUUAGUUUUAAUUAUUUUAUUUCGUCUCCACAAAUGGAGCAAAAGCAGGCAGAAUUUUCUUUUCACGACUAGCUACAGUUUUUUUUUUGUUAUGUACCCAUGCUGUGUUCGUGUCGUUUGCUUCAAUCCCGGUGAGCAUCGCCAUUAAGCCUAGGUCAGUGGCAUAGCUGUCAACCAUGUGUAAAAUCUUGAUCCUACACCAGCACCCCCGCCCGCCCUCAGCCCAAAAACCUAAUCUAGUGGUCUAGGUUAAGGUUUUUCAUCAAUCCCAAGGUUUUUCAGAAGGGGUCUCACUGGUAUGAACACUUAGGGGUUGACAUGUAUGCUAGAAUGGGAAGUAAAUGGUAACAUGAUAAACAUUUACAGUGCAGACUAUUUUGAAUUAUUUAUAAUAACUUUGCCUAAUACAAAGUGAAGACGUGUAUUUCCAAAGAGAUUCCCACACACUGUCUUUUGAUUCUGUGUAACCAGGCUUAUAAAUUAACAGUUUUAAGAAUUAGGUCUACUGUCUGGUAUCCUAAACCAGCAGUUUGUCAGUCCCAAACUGUUGUGACAUAGAUUAUUUAUUAAAUAAACGGGACAAAAACAUUUUUAAAUCAGAUUAUUCUGCCAACUAUGGUGCCAUUCAGUAGAACAAAAAUUGUAAAGGGGCACUGUGACAGGGCUGGGAGCCCUGCACAUGAAAAGGGGGCAGGGCAAAGCCCUGAUGUUUUUAUAUGUGUUGCAUUUUAUUGUUUGAUUUAAAAUGGAUUGUUUAUUAUUUAAAGAAAAUGUUUGUUUAUUUUAGAACGGGGUACCCCCGCCCCUAUGUAUUUAUAGGACAGCAAAGCCAUAACGUUUGUUAUUGUUUAGAAGCGUGGAUAGGGAAGCCCCAUCCACACAAAAACCUUGUGCAGAAGUUAAUUCAUUGAUUAAUUGUUGCUAAUCGGAAGAUGGUCAUCUGUAUAAAACCCUGCAGUUUUCUGUGUUCUGGGUGGAGCGCUUAGGAGAGAGAAUGAGAGCAAGUGGAGAAUCCAAGAACUAAAACGAAAGAAAAAGAAAGAGAAAUAAGGAUCAGUGACAGCAAAUGCCCAGCCUGACCUUAGGUGUCCGAGAUCUGUUUUAUUUGCUCUGUGAGCAGUGUUUUCUGUUUGAUCCUUUUAUUUUUGUGUUGAAAUAAACACAGCGCCGUCAGGCCUUUGC